GGCUGAGACGUGACGGGGACAAGAAGGGGCCGGAAGGGGGUGGCCGCCGGUCCGGCCCCGCCCCGGGGCCGCCUCCCCGCGGGUUCCGUUGGCCGUGGCGGCAGCUGAAGCUGUGGCGGCGGUGGCCGCGGGGUGGGCGUAAGAUGGCGACAACGGCGGCGGGAGCCCUGGGCCUGCUGUGGGGCUGGCUGUGGAGCGAGCGCUUCUGGCUGCCCCAGAACGUGAGCUGGGCCGACCUCGAGGGGCCAGGCGACGGCUACGGCUACCCGCGGGCCCGGCACAUCCUCUCGGUGUUCCCGCUGGCGGCGGGCGUGUUCUCCGUGAGGCUGCUCUUCGAGCGGUAUAUUGCCAAACCCUGUGCACUCCAUGUUGGCAUCCAGGACAGUGGUCCUUAUCAGGCCCAACCUAAUGCCAUCCUUGAAAAGGUGUUCAUAUCUGUUACCAAGUAUCCUGAUGAGAAAAGGCUGGAGGGCCUGUCAAAGCAGCUGGACUGGGAUGUCCGAAAAAUCCAAUGCUGGUUUCGCCAUCGGAGGAAUCAGGACAAGCCCCCAACGCUCACUAAAUUCUGUGAAAGCAUGUGGAGAUUCACUUUUUAUUUAUGUAUAUUCUGCUAUGGAGUUAGAUUUCUCUGGUCGUCGCCUUGGUUCUGGGACACCCGACAAUGCUGGCACAGUUACCCUUAUCAGCCUCUCACAAAUGGGCUUUAUUACUAUUAUAUCAUGGAAUUGGCUUUCUAUUGGUCUCUUAUGUUUUCUCAGUUUACAGACAUUAAAAGAAAGGACUUCCUGAUCAUGUUUGUGCAUCACUUGGCCACCAUUGGGCUCAUUACCUUCUCCUACAUCAACAACAUGGUUCGAGUGGGAACUCUGGUCAUGUGUCUACAUGAUGCCUCAGACUUCUUGCUGGAGGCAGCCAAGCUGGCCAAUUAUGCCAAGUAUCAGCGUCUCUGUGACACCCUUUUUGUGAUCUUCAGUGCUAUUUUUGUGGUGACUCGUCUAGGAAUCUAUCCAUUCUGGAUUCUGAACACGACCCUCUUUGAGAGUUGGGAGAUGAUCGGGCCCUAUCCCUCCUGGUGGCUCUUCAAUGGCCUUCUCCUGAUCCUACAGGUUCUGCAUGUCAUCUGGUCCUACCUAAUUGCACGAAUUGCUUUCAAAGCCUUGAUCCGAGGAAAGGUAUCUAAGGAUGAUCGCAGUGAUGUGGAGAGCAGCUCAGAAGAAGAAGAUAUGACCAGUAGCACAAAAGGCCCCUGUGGCCGCAGCUCCAGCAAUGGUGCCGGUCGGGUGAAUGGUCACAUGGGAGGCAGCUACUGGCUGAAGAGUAAGGUGGUUGGUAUGGGGACUUCAGCAUAGACGGACUUGUAGGGCUGCUGGCAACCCACUCCUCUGGGCCUCCCCGCAUCUGCACUCCUGUGACUAGGGGGUGUGCAGGGCACUGAGGAGAAUCAAAGAAGCAAAUAUUUUCACUUUUUUUAAAAAAACUCUGCCAUUUUGUAUUUAAUAGCCUCCAGGUUCUUUCAGUAAUGUUAUUUGCUCUGUGUGUGUGCGUGCGUGUGUGCAUAUGUGCGCACAUGUGCAUAUGUAUUUGUGCAUAUGCGUGAGUUUCGUUGCCUAGGUUGGGGCACAAGCCUGGUCCCCUUUGAACCCACCUCAAUCCCAGAUUUGGCUGCAUCUUGAAUUAUGCUGGCUCCAGAGAGUCCCCUCCCUUGUUGCCCAUGGCUCUUGAAGCUCUGGCCAUCUGAAUGGAGCAGCUAAGUUCAGCUCCAGGUUUCUGCACUGUUCCUCCUUUGGAGCUGGAAUGUUUCACAUGACGUUAUAUAGAAACAGACAACCAUGAAUGGAUGGCCAGGAUUGCUGUGGCCCCUAGUUAGGUCCCCUUCCUGCCACCUGGUAGUGAUGGACAGCUGCUGAUAGAUACCCUGCUCUUUAUUCAGUGGUACGCAGGGAGUGGGGGGGUGGGAGGAGCAGGUGAGCUGAGGGCUGGAGGACAGCAGCCACUGGGUGAGCUGUUAACGGUUUAUACUAUUGUUUACUCUUCUGUGAUUAAAAGUGCUUCAACCCUCA